AUGGCUCCCAAGAAGAAGAUUGCCGUCAUGACCUCUGGGGGCGAUUCCCCAGGCAUGAACGGCGUUGUGCGCGCCGUUGUCCGCAUGGCUAUCCAUCUCGGCUGCGAUGCCUUUGCCGUCUACGAAGGCUACGAAGGCCUAGUGCAAGGAGGGAACCUCAUCAAAAAGAUGGAAUGGCACGAUGUUCGUGGCUGGCUAUCCGAGGGCGGUACCCUCAUAGGCACAGCUCGAUGCAUGGCUUUCUACGAGCGAGAGGGACGGAGGAGAGCGGCCAAAAACAUGGUCCUGCAUGGGAUUGAUGCCUUGAUCAUCUGCGGCGGCGACGGUUCGCUCACUGGUGCUGACAAGUUCCGUGCUGAGUGGCCGUCCUUGCUGGAGGAGCUCGUGGCCAACGGCGAGCUCUCCACGGACCAGGUUGCGCCAUACAAACAUUUGAACAUUGUUGGCAUUGUCGGCUCCAUCGACAACGAUCUCUCCGGCACCGACGCUACCGUGGGCUGCUACUCCGCCCUCUCCCGAAUUUGCGAAAUGGUCGAUUACAUCGAGGCAACAGCCUCGUCACACUCUCGAGCUUUUGUCAUCGAGGUCAUGGGGCGCCAUUGCGGUUGGCUGGCUCUUCUAGCGGGUGUUGCCACUGGUGCAGAUUUUGUCUUUAUCCCCGAGCGCCCCCAAGAACACGACUGGAGACAGGACAUGUCAGAAGUGGUCAACAGGCAUCGUCAACUUGGCAAGCGCAAGACAAUCGUGAUUGUCGCCGAAGGAGCCCGUCACAAAGAUGGCAACAAGAUCACGCCGCAAGAAAUCAAAGACCUUCUCUCGGACAAGACAGAAGGCGGUCUCGGCCUUGAUACCCGCAUCACCACUCUGGGCCACGUACAGCGUGGAGGUACCGCCGUAGCUUAUGAUCGCGUCCUCGCCACCCUGCAAGGCGUGGAGGCUGUCAAGGCUGUCUUGGAAGCUACUCCCGAGACGGAGACUUGCUUCAUUGCCAUGAACGAAAACAAAAUCGUGCGUAAACCGCUGAUGAAGGCCGUGCAGGAGACCAAGGAAGUCGCCAAAGCUGUGGAAAGCAAAGACUUUGAAAGAGCCAUGUCCCUUCGCGACACUGAAUUUGCCGACCAGUACAAGUCGUACACUAUGACUACGAAUGUCAUGAUCGAUGACCAUAAACUGCCCGAAAAAAGUCGCAUGAAGAUUGGCUUCAUCAAUGUUGGUGCUCCCGCUGGCGGUAUGAACGCAGCAGUACGGGCAGCUGUUGCCUAUUGUCUCAGUCGCGGCCAUGAGCCUAUUGCUAUUCAUAAUGGCUUUGCAGGGUUUGCACGCCAUCACGAUGACAAGCCCAUCGGUGCCGUCCGACCGUUUGACUGGCUCGAGGUAGACAGCUGGGCCAGCAAGGGCGGCUCCGAGAUUGGAACGAACCGCGAGCUACCCGAGGAAUCCGGCAUGGAGCUCAUUGCCAACCUGAUUGAGCAGUACGAAUUCGACGCCUUGUUCAUUGUUGGUGGAUUCGAGGCCUUCCAUUCGGUAUCGCAGUUGCGCAAGGCCAGAGAUCAGUACCCGUCGCUUUGCAUCCCCGUCUGUCUUCUUCCCGCCACGAUUUCCAACAAUGUUCCCGGUACCGAGUACUCUCUCGGCUCGGACACCUGUCUUAACGAGUUGGUGAGCUACUGUGACAAGAUCAAGCAAUCUGCCUCUGCGACUCGCCGGCGAGUUUUCGUCAUUGAAACCCAGGGUGGUCGUUGUGGGUAUGUGGCGAUACUCAGUGGGCUCAGCGUUGGCGCCUCGGCAGUUUACAUCCCAGAGGAGGGCAUCAGCCUGGAAAUGCUCAACGCAGACGUCAACCAUCUCAAAAACGUCUUCAAAAACGACGGGGGGCAGUCGCGAGCCGGUCGUCUCAUACUAGUCAACGAAAAGGCCAGCAAGGUCUACGACGCAAAGCUCAUUGCCAACAUCAUCCGUGAAGAGGCCCACGACCGUUUCGAAAGCCGCGAAAGUAUCCCUGGACACGUGCAGCAGGGUGGGGUGCCAUCUCCCAUGGACCGGUGCCGAGCGGUUCGGUUGGCCAUCAAGUGCGUCCAGCACUUGGAAGAGUAUGGCUGCAACGCUCAUAACCGGGUCAAGAAGGACCCCAACAGCACGAGCGUCAUUGGCAUUCAGGGUUCCGAAGUUGUGUUCACGCCGAUGAAGGUUCUUGAGGAACGAGACACGGACUGGCCAAACAGGCGACCCAAGGCUGCUUACUGGCUUGGGUUGCGCGAAGUUGUCGACGUUCUCGGCGGCCGGCCCGACUAUUCGAAACCAGAGGAGAACCCAACUGGCUUGGUGGCCAAGGACAUCAAGAGAGGGCUCGCUUGA